GGGGGUCAGCCAGUCCGGAGCGGGGAUUAUAAAGACGGAGUGAGGGCGGCGCAGCGCGUUCCCAUGGAGGAGCAGGAAAUUGACUAUUAAAAGGAAUAAAAGCCCAGCAAGAUGGAAGACUGCCUUCACACAUGUUCAGAAAACCUGUCCAAACUGGUCAGCUGGGCUCACAGUCAUGGGACUAUAUGCAGUCUCAUUCCAAACCUGAAACACUUGUUGACUGAAGGGGCCCAUGGAAACCUGACAGCUAUGUGGGGCUGCAGUGCAGGCCAUGCUUAUCACUGGCCGCUGACUGCUACCUGCCGGGCUGGGUCCCAGGAUCGGGUAUGCUAUCAGGACAGUAGGAGUUUUAACUCUGAUAGUCCCAGCAUAAUAGCAGUGUCCUCCGAGGCUCAUCAAAGCCCAGGGGAGAGAUUUGUAAGCAGACUCUCAAAGGGAAAGGCAGAGUGUACCAGGAAUUUGGAUUCCUGUGAGUUUUCAUACAGUGAACCCUCCGAGGUUGAUGAGAAUGUGGAGUACGAGGACGAUAUGUUCGAUAUGGUGUGUGAGUCCUCAGUGACUGAUGAAGACAGCGAUUACGAAUCUCGGCUAGAGCAUCAAAGAAACUCACGGAAAAGGCGAGAAGCAGGGCCUUCACUGUUACCCAAUUCUCCGAACCUGGUUAUUGAAAACAGUAAUGACGUCAUUGUCAAAAAGAUCAAGCAAGAGAGACCUGAAGAUUACUAUAUUGUGGCGAAUGCAGAAAUUGCUGUAGAUAGUAAUGGCUCUUCAAUCGCAUUGACACCAAAGCCAAAAACACAGCCAAAGUCUGGGCCAGCUUCUUAUUUGGGGCCUACCAAGUCUUCAGCCCUUCUUCCUGCUGCCCAUAUGGCUGAACAGACUGAUUCACAAGGUAUUUCUGUCAUUCCACCAACAAUCUCCAGGGCAGUAAGCACAAAAUCUGGCCGGAGUUCGAUAGUGUCACAUAACCAGUUGAGUGGGCAGGGAGCCGGCCAGCAGUUAGUUCUUCAGAUGCCAGUCAGCAGCUCUGGAGGCAACCAGCAGAUCAAUAUUCCGUUAUCAGCUCUGCAGCUUCCCGGUCAAGAGGAUCAGGAUACUUCAGAAGACCUGGAUAUACAAAUGAUAAAGACAGGGUCUUCCAGGGAAGCAUCUCUGUCUCCACCCAUCAGUGCAGAACCUGAAGUCAGCUCCAGUCAGCAGCAGUCCAGUCUGCUUCAAGUGCUGGCCAAAGAUGCCAGUGCACAAUCAACAGCAACAGACAAUGAAGAACGAGGGUCCGAAGGUCAACAGAACGAGAAAACCGUCCGAAGCACUUUGACCGCACUGCGUAACUUCCCUCUGUCUGGAAAACUCAACAAGUUUCCCAUCUUUGAUGGUCAAUUGAAGGAGCUGUGCACGAGCGCUGUGAGUGCUAACACCACCAAGGCCACACUGUACUCACUAAACGUCUGGAGGUACUGGUGUGUGACGCGGGAACUGAAGCAGUUCAUGGACAUUACAAAGAUUCCGCCCUUGAAGCUCAAUGAGCUGCUGGAGGACUUCUACGUGACAGUUAGGAAAACGGACGGUUCGGAUUUCCUGGCGACCUCGCUGCACGCCAUCCGGCGCGGGCUGGACCGGGUGCUGAAGAACGCCAAUGUGGGCUUUUCUGUUGGGGACGGCACCUUCAAGUCCUCCAGCCAGAAGCUGAAGGAGAAGCUGCGGAUGCUCAACAAAGCCGGCAUGUCGGGCUCCCGGUCGCGCAACAUCAUCUACUUCUCUGGCCUGGAUGAGGAGGAGAUGUGGAGGGCAGGCUACCUCGGCGACUCCAACCCGGUGGCUUUGCUGAGCGUGGUGGUAAAGUUCAACAGCCAGUACUUCAACAUGAGAACCCUGCAGGAGCACGUGGAUCUGACGUAUGGGGACAUUGAGCUGAUGAAGGAUGCGGAGAACAGGCCUUUCUUUGCCCGAACUGAUAUGGUCAAAAGGGAGAACAAAGUCUGCGGCAACAAGCUGUUCUUUGGGCAGAUCUACCAUGAGCACUCGGAGGGGCUCAAACGAUGUCCUUAUUGCCUGCUGUACAAGUACAUGUACGCUCACAGGCCCCUCUCCCACAGGGAGCCCAAGUCCCCCUUCUACUUGGUGGCCAGGAAGGAUUUCUCGCAGCUGGACAGCGUGUGGUUUGAGGAGCAGAGGAUGGGGCUGAGGUCCCUCAGGGCCGUGGUCCCCAAACUGGCCAAAAAGGUCAGGCUGGAGCAGAGCGAGAAUUUCACCUUUGUAUCCUUCACCCAGGCAUCGCUUCUCAAACCAGGAAAGUUCCUUUCUGUCAAUAGCUGAAGUCGUUUGAUCAUGUUUUGAAAAUGAGACGUAGCCAAGGAAAACACUGAAUGUGGAGGAUAGGUAGAAAAACCCUGGUACAAGAUGUGCUUUUGGUGGAAGGGGGCAGUCAUCACUCAUCCGUAACCCAUUUAUUACAGCAUUUUCAAUUCAAUUUGGGAUUGGGUCAAGCUACACACAUGUUGACCUGUGGAAAAACAGACCUUCUAUGAUAUCCAUAGCUGCAGAUUAUACAUUGGCGCUGAAGAGCCUUGUGGACCCAGAAAACACCUCCUUCUACCCAGUACACCCUCAAUAAUUUAUUAUAAACUUAUUAUAUUUUCAGUUGGAUGCUACUGCACAUCUCAAAAGAGGUUGACCUCUUUUUAAUUGGGAACAGGGAAUCAUCCCACUCAGCUCCUGUUAACCCU